GCUUUGCCACACACAAAGCCACCACUAUGAACAUUUUGACGUGACCAUACCUACCGCUACACAUGAAGCGUCGAAAACAUAUAACUUGACUCGAAACCGGUCACAGGUCAGGUUGACCGGCCGUUACUUGGAGAAUGCUGGCAGGUGCCUUCAUGGUGGCGCAGCGCUGCGUUCUUGACACUCUGCGGAACUGGCGCACAGACUUGUGCGCCGACGUGGAGCCUGGCGCCCGGAGCCUUGGGCGGGACGCCGAGCUUCGCUUGCAGCCGCUGGCGGGCGCAUGCGGUCCAUGCGCUGCAUAUCUCGCUGCUGCCUGAGGACGUUUUGGGCGGAGGAACACAGGACUGGGCGAGAGUCAAACGCAUAAUUUUGACCGGCCGCUCGCGCUAGUCGUCCCGUCUGCCUGGCAUGCAUCUCUAGUGUACAUUAGACCAUUAUGUUGAAGAGGGGCCCUUGGCAACGAAACGGAGAGACCUCGGCGCAUUUCCAGUGGUACAUGAGUGCUCGCCGUGUACAGCUUUGCCUACUCUGAGCACUGGUCCUAUUCAUUGCUUUGACUUGAUGUGGUGUUGUGUGUCCUGACGGGUGCUACACGGCUCGGGGAAGAAUCUACUGGCCCAGCUGCUGGCUAUUUCGCACCACAUUUGAUGACCCUUGACUGAAUUUUGGGAAUGGAUGCCAUUGGGUGGACUUGCCCUGGCAAAGAGGGAGUUCAUUGGAACUAGGGUUCCUGAGGAUGCAUUGGAUGGCCCGGCCGGUGGACGGAGGACCUUUCCGACGGGUCAGGGCUGGCACUAGACUUACUUAAGUACAUAACGUACUUGCGAGGGAAGGAAGCUGCAGUGCACUGCACGGAGGAGCGCCGGGUGACAGCUGGGGAGCUAUGACUCGUGGCGGACACGCCUGUAAAUUUUAGAGACU